CAGUAUUUUGGAACCUGUUCGCGGGAGUCCAGCGCUCCGAUUGGAGCUAGGGCCUGCCUGUCUGCAUGCCUCUGGGUCAGCGGCUUCCCCCGGGCCCUGGGCGUUCGGUUCCCGGGUGCUUCACGUUCCAUUCCCAGGCGUUCCGGGCUUAGGGGCCCGGUGGACCCGUUGCGUCCUCCAGUCGCUGCGCAGACGCCAAGACGCAGGCCGACCAUGGCAGAGUUCUCCCAGAAACGGGGGAAGCGGCGUGGCGACGAGGGGCUGGGCAGCGUGGUGGACUUCCUCCUGGCCAAUGCCCGCCUGGUGCUGGGUGUGGGCGGGGCUGCCGUGCUGGGCAUUGCCACCCUGGCUGUGAAGCGGUUCAUUGACAGGGCCACUAGCCCACAGGAUGAGGAUGACACCAAGGGGGACAGCUGGAAGGAACUGAGCCUUCUAAAGGCUACACCGAACCUGCAGCCCCGGCCCCCGCCUGCUGCCCUCAGCCAACCUGUAUUGCCCCCGGCCCCCCUGCCCUCUGCCCCAGAGGGUCCUGCAGAUACUGAUCCUCAGGUGCCACCUCAGCUCAGCUCUCCAGCACCACUGUGCCUGACAUUCCAGGAGAAGCUGCUGGCGUUUGAGCGGGACCACGUGACCAUCCCAGCAGCCCAGGUGGCUUUGGCCAAACAGCUGGCUGGUGACAUUGCCCUGGAGCUGCAGGCUUACUUGCGGAGCAAGUUCUCAGAACUGCCCUUUGGGGCACUUGUGCCCCAGGGGCCGCUCUACGAUGGGCUCCAGGCGGGGGCCGCCGACCACGUGCGUCUCCUGGUACCGCUGGUGUUGGAGCCGGGCCUGUGGAGCCUGGUGCCGGGUGUGGACACUGUGGCGAGGGACCCUCGCUGCUGGGCUGUGCGCAGGACUCAGCUUGAGUUCCGCCCCCGAGGGAGCAGCCCCUGGGACCGCUUCCUGGUGGGAGGCUACCUCUCCUCCCGCGUCCUGCUGGAGCUGCUCCGCAAGGCACUGGCUGCCUCCGUCAACUGGCCAGCCAUCGGCAGCCUUCUCGGGUGCCUGAUCCGGCCCAGCCUGGCCUCGGAGGAGCUUCUACUAGAGGUACAGCACGAGGGCCUGGAGCUCACAGCAGCUGUGCUCGUGGCAGUCCCUGGGGCCGAUGCUGACGACCGCCUCCUGUUGGCCUGGCCCCUGGAGGGGCUGGCUGGGAACCUCUGGCUGCAGGAUUUGUACCCAGUAGAGGCUGCCAGGCUGCGGGCCCUAGAUGACCAUGACUCUGGGACCCGCCGACGGCUGCUGCUGCUGCUAUGUGGCAUCUGUCGAGGCCACUUGGCCCUGGGACUGCUGGGCCUGAGCCACCUGACCCAAGUGGUUCUGCAUCUGGGUGAGGAGGAUGUGGAUUGGGCGGAGGCGGCCUUGGGAGAGCGCUUCCUGCAGGCCCUGGAGCUGCUCAUCGGCAGCCUGGAGCGGGCCAGCCUGCCCUGCCACUUCAACCCUUGCGUGAACCUCUUUGACAGCUUGUGCGAGGAGGAGAUUGACGACAUUGGCUACGCACUGUACAGUGGCCUACAGGCACCUGAGAGGCUGCUCCAGAGGGGUGGGGACAGGGGUGGCCGGCAAGUUUUCUGAUGCUGGUGAGCUGUGCUCGUCUCCCAGGGAUUUGGAGAGUGGGUUUUCUCUUGCGUUUAGCCAGGAUGAAAGAGGGUACAUUACCCCACCCAGGGCAUUGGUGUGUGCUUGGGCUGUGAUCACCAGGAUCCCUGAGCCUGGAGAUUGGGUCACCGUCACCUGAGUGCAGCUGGGCUGCCUUGGCAGUGUGGAGUGCCAGCCACUCACGCAGGAGCCUCGAGUUCCUCUGGGGUCAACCCCAGGACUUUGGGCUCUGCCCAUCAUCACCAGCAACGAAUCCACUUAUAGAAUGUGGCUCCUGCCAUCCGAGGCAGGGAUGAAGGCAGUUCAGUUUUUCUGCUGAGAGUGAUUUAAUGCUUUCCUUGGGCACCAGCUCCAGGCACCUUGAGGCAUCUGGUGCCAGGUGUAAGUAUCAUGUUUGUUCCAUCCCCUGGGGCCGGAGUCACCUGGUGUCCCUGGAGGACAGCUUUUUGGUUGUUAGAGGAUGGCAUUUUCCCGAUGUCUUCUGAGCGGUUAGUUUUCUUGUUCUCUUCAGGCUCCGGAGCAGGAGCUCAGUGUGACUUGCUGCCCACCUGAUACCUCCGGGGAAGGCCUUCCCCACCCAACUAGGUGAGUUUUCAGGCAGCCGAGGGCCGUUACUUGCUGGGGGGAGCUGAGGCCCUGUACUGUCUGCCUUGCCCGCAGCUGGGGUGUCCCACUGUCGCUCCUGGCCCCACUGGGGAGCAGAGGAUGUGCCCCUUCUAGAGAGGCCUGGUGCGCAGACGGGGCCCCUGCAGUGUGCCAUGUGAACUGCUCUCAGCCGAUGUCUGUAUUCUGACUUUGAAGUCGGGCAGAAGUAGCAGGGGCCUAGAGGAGGGAGAUUCCACCUCUCCUCCCAGGUGCCCCUCCUGUCUUUGGUAUUCUUCCUGCUGAAACAAAGCUAUGCCUUGAAGAAUGUGAACAAGAAUAAAAGGAAAAAAUUCUAACGUG